AGUGAUGAGCACAUAGACACCACUACACAUCAUUAAUAUUUCGCACCUUUAAAUUUUAAAUUUUGGCUUCGUCUCUACAUAUACAAACGCAUAUAUAUAGCUAGGUGUUUAAAUUUAGUGUACUAGUAGAGUGAAAUCAAUUAUAUGGCUGACCUUUCACACACUACCAAGUCUAGUCAACUAUCAAACACUGUAGUUGAAAACAAACAGUCUGCUAGAACAAAUACCAAACAUCCUUUGUAUAGGGGAAUACGUUGCAGAAGUGGGAAAUGGGUGUCUGAAAUUAGAGAGCCACGUAAAACUACAAGAAUAUGGCUAGGAACAUUUCCUACUCCAGAAAUGGCAGCUGCUGCCUAUGAUGUUGCUGCCUUAGCUUUAAAAGGCAGUGAUAAUGUUGUACUAAACUUCCCUUGUCAUGUCAACUCCUAUCCACAGCUCCCUCCCUCACCUUCUCCGGCCGAUAUACAAAGCGCGGCCGCCACUGCGGCCGUGCUUAUGAAGCAAGAAGCCGGAGAAGGUACAGUGGUGGCUCAGCAAGGCAAUGAUGAUCAGUUAUCAGGAAGCAAUGGCGUCGGAGCUACAUUUAAUGAAGGGGAUUCAGUUGAAUUUCCUUCACUUGAAAAUUAUAACGUGCAAAUAGGAGAGAAAUAUGUAGAUGAGGAUGAUGUAUUUUAUAUGCCUAAUUUGCUUGUUGAUAUGGCGGAGGCAAUGAUGAUGAGCCCUCCAAGAAUAAACUCCUCAACAUUGGAAGAUUCAAAAGGAGAUCCCUCGUAUAUUGAAAGUCUUUGGAGCUAUUGAAGAGAAUGAAGAAGAACACAAUUCGCAAGUUCACUAUAGUUUUUUGGUUAGUUAAAAAUGUAAUCACAUGUUAUAAACACGAACAAUGAUUAGCAGUUCAAAAUUUGUUUGAGCUAAAACAAUUCAAAGAUAUUCUUAACACAGUAUUGAUAUUGUCCGCUUUGAGUCAA